AUGCCAGAAACUCCGGAUCCAACCCAGGACAACCCCCGGGUUUUCCAUCAGCUCUCGGUAUGGGAUAUCGUGCGCCAAGCCACAUCUCGUGGGAUAGGCGCCCGCACCUCAACCUACUGGCCCGGCGAUCCCGAAUUUACCAAUACCGGUGAUUACACCAAUAUCGGGGAGCCGUUGGCUAUCCCGGAGGCCCAUGCUGGGGAAACGGAUCGACCUCCCGCGGAGUGGGCACACUUUAUCUGGCUGGCCCCUUUUAGUGUCGCUCGUCAGGCGCAACGCCUCAAGGGUAAACUCCACGAGCUACUGAAAAACGAACCGGUGCGGGAGCUUGCGUGCCGGAAACGCUACUUCGGGAGUGGCAGACGCCAGGAUGAAAUCAUUGGCAACAGCCUCUCUAACGUAGAAUCCGCAGCUGUAUUCUGCCAGGGAGUGGUCCAGCCUGAUGACAAGCAGUGCGAAAGCUGUCUAGGGGCUUUAGGCCCUUGGGCAAACUUGUGGCGGGAUGUGCAGACAGGGUCGACCCCAGAGCGUCAAAAUCAGGGCCACCAACGCAACAAGCCCUCAAUCAGCAAGAAGAUGGCUAAUGAUGCAUGGGCUGAAGCUAAACGCACUGUGAAUCGGGCGAAAGGUCUCAGUGCCAAAAUUGCGCAGGCUCUUGCAAAUGAGCAAUUUGACGUGGCCAGGGCGCUGUUCGGGGAGCAAGAGCAGUGGUUCGAGGACUUCAAGCACCCAGAGGGCAUCUUAGACCUCGUGCACCCCGCUCAACCCAACUCGCCGCAGCGACCAAAUUAG